AAUCACAAACACUUCGCACGCAGUCGCGAGAGAAAAGGGACAUGUUGGAAACUGACAGACCCGCGUAACCGUUCGUUUGGGGGGUGCCGCACACCCUUUCAGAGAUGGGCUACUUUGCCCUAAGACGCAUGAAAAUGAACUGAAGAGUGAAGCUACUAUCUGGGCAAUGUGUGGUUUGAAUGGACAUUCAUAUGUAUGAGUUAUUUGAAGUUUAAAAUGUGGGCGAUGGUGGUGUUAUCGAGAGCCAGCUCUCCCUUCCCUUCGUUUAGGACAAGAUGGCAGCAAUGCAGGCACACUGUGCAUGGUAUGGCUUCAUAAGUCCAUAACAUGUUCAGAAAAGACCUGGAUUAUACCCAUUGUGACUCUAUGUGAAGAGCUCUGGAGUGGGAUGCAUUGGAACAUUGGAGGAAAUAAACGUAAAAGGUAUGGCCUCACAAGUUUUGGUCUACCCACCACACAUUUAUCAAACCCAGACAAGUGCCUUUUGCAGUGUGAAGAAACUCAAAGUCGAGCCGAGCAGCUGUGUUUACCAUGAGAGGGCCCACCCGUGGACUUAUCUGAACGGCAGAUCCAUCGGCAUCGCACAAGCAACCAAACAAGCCCGCUCACUCGUGAGCCGAGAGCCGGCGGUGAGCGCCAGAGUGCGUGGUGGACAACAGCACCCGGUGCAGACAGUGGUGGUACGCGGAGUAAAGAGGAAGCCGGCCGGUGAGAAGGAGGGGAAAGGCCCAGCCGAGGCUCAAUUGCCCCAGGACGCAGACUUUGUCCCGUCGCAGGGUCAGCGGACACAACAGACAGAAACAGGAAGGGUGGGCAGCAGUGGAGCAGCAGGGGCAGGAGGAGGAGGAGGAGGGGGAAGGGGAGAGGGCUGCCGAGAAGGCGGAGGCGGGGGCGACGUGGAGGAGGAAGGUGACGGGGAAGACGAGGACGGUGGAGGUUUGAACACAGCGGAUAGCUUCCAGCGAUGUGGGUUGAAACGUAAAAGUGAGGAGCUAGGAAAGCAAGGGAGCGCCAUGCAGAUAGUGGAGGAACUGUCUAUGUUACCUGCCAUGUUGCAAACAACGAAUGUCGGGAAUGCAGCCGGGCCUACGGCUGCAGCAGUUGGCGGGGCAGGGGCGGGGGUGCCCACAAAGCAGGUUGGCGGGGCAGGCGCAAGUGGAGGGGAUGGGGACUACCAGUUGGUAAAGCAUGAAGUCCUGUGUUCCAUGAAGAACACCUAUGAGGUGCUGGAUUUCCUGGGCCGGGGCACAUUUGGUCAGGUGGUUAAGUGCUGGAAGAGGGGCACGGGUGAGGUGGUAGCGGUGAAAAUCCUCAAGAACCACCCGUCAUACGCGCGGCAGGGCCAAAUUGAGGUGGGAAUUCUAGCCCGUCUCAGUGGGGAGAACGCAGACGAGCACAACCUGGUGCGAGCCUUUGAAUGCUUCCAACACCGCAGCCACACCUGCCUGGUGUUUGAGAUGCUGGAGCAGAACCUGUACGAUUUCCUGAAGCAAAAUAAGUUCAGCCCUCUGCCCCUGAAAGUGAUCCGGCCUGUGCUACAGCAGGUUGCAACCGCCCUGAGAAAACUGAAGAGUAUGGGCCUGAUCCACGCGGACCUCAAGCCCGAGAACAUAAUGUUGGUGGACCCUGUGAGGCAGCCUUACAGGGUGAAGGUGAUCGACUUCGGCUCGGCCAGCCAUGUGUCCAAAGCGGUGUGCUCCACGUACCUCCAGUCCCGCUACUAUAGGGCUCCAGAGAUUAUCCUGGGACUGCAGUUUUGUGAAGCCAUAGAUAUGUGGUCACUGGGCUGUGUGAUAGCAGAGCUCUUCCUGGGAUGGCCUCUGUACCCGGGCUCCCUGGAGUAUGACCAGAUCCGCUACAUCUCACAGACACAAGGGUCCCCGGGAGAGCUUCUGCUGAACGCGGGCACCAAGACGGGCAGGUUCUUCUGCAGAGAGCCGGACUCGCCCUACGCACCAUGGAGACUAAAGUCGACGGAUGAGCAUGAGAAGGAGACAGGAAUGAAGUCGAAGGAAGCCCGGAAGUACAUUUUCAGCAGCUUGGAUGACAUAGUGCACGUGAACUUGGUGAUGAAUCUGGAGGGGAGCGACCUGUUGGCCGAGAAGGCUGACCGCCGGGAGUUUGUGAGCCUGUUGAAGAAGAUGUUGUGGAUCGACGCGGAGAAGAGGAUAGCCCCCGCCGAGGCCCUCAACCACCCCUUUGUCACCAUGCAACACCUGCCCGACUUCCCCCAUAGCAACCAUGUCAAGUCAUGUUUCCACAUCAUGGACGUGUGCCGGACACGGCCCGGACCGUACGACGCCAUGAACAGAAACAAGGGUCAGUUUGUCCGACCCAUGCCCCCCUCCAACGGCCCAGUCAACCACCCGUUCAGCAAAAUGGCCGCUGUCCAUACACAAGGGUUAGCCCCAUCAGCCCCCUCGGUGAUGCAUCCUGGGAUACCGAUGCAGUCAGGAAGUGUGCAGUUUGGCUGCAGCGAUUCAUUUCAGCAGGCACUCAUUCUGUGCCCCCCGACCAUCCAAGGAAUCCCCACCAAUGGAGCCAAGCCGUCAGGCUACUCUGUUAGAAUGGACACUGCUGUCCCUCUGGUCACUCAGGCACCCCCCAUCCAACCCCUCCAGAUCCGACCCGGAGUCAUGACCCAGCAGACCUGGUCCAACCGCGCUCAGCAGAUCCUGGUCCCCGCCUGGAACCAUAUGACCUCGGUGGCCCCUCCACCAACCACACUGGCGUCUGACACUGUGGCGGGCCCGCAGAGGCUGGCAGAGUGGGGGAAAGUGCGUUCCCAUGGCAACCAUUACAGCACCAUGAUUGCCCACCCUCAGAGCCUCCUGUCCAACCAAAUGACCCUGUCUGCCCAGCAGCCAAUCAGCAUAGGCAUUGCCCAUGUGGUAUGGCCACAGCCUGCUGCCAACAAGAGGAACAAGCCCUGUGUCAACAGGUAUGGUGAAAGGGGUACGAACUUCUCCCACCACAUAGACAUCCAAAACUCAGCAUGCCAGUCCCCAAAGAUGGCCGACACAGCCAAGAAUGUAGACGAGGUCCGAUGCCCCGGGGAGGCGCGGACCGCUGCUGCCGCCGCCGCGCCCGAGGCGGGCCGCGAAGAGGAGGUGGAGGAGGGCUGCUGCAGGCAGGAGGCCGCGUGUGGGGAGGCGUCGUCCCAGGGGCAGCGUCAGGCCAUGGGGGUCUCCGACCUGGCCAGCCCCGCCAGCGUCAUCACCAUCAGCAGUGACGAAGAGGAGGGCGCACAGCCGCACGCGCACGGAGAGUGUAAAGGCGGGGCGGCGUGCGAGGCGUGCGAGAGCACCGUGAGCAUGGAGCGGGUGUGUUCCCUCAGCAGCCCAGACAGCACGCUCAGCACCAGCUCCUCCUCCUCAUCGGCCCAGUCCAGUGCCUCGCCGCGCAAACACUCCAACAGUAUGUCAGAUGACGAACCGGAGAGCGGCUGUGACACGGUGGAUGGAUCGCCGGCCUCCGACUGCUCCGCCCACAGCAGCAGCCCGUUCCAAGAGAGGCCGCCGUACAUCGCCGGCGGCAACCAGAACUGCCAGCCCCGCGUCGCGUGUGUCGCUCCGGAGACGGAGCCGGGGAAGCCCACCGUGCGCACCAUGGUGGUGCCCCCGAUGGUGCUGCACAACAACAACAACAACCCCGGCAUGGCCGACCACAGCCACACAGUCUUGGACCCAUCGUGUCAGUCCAGAGGGCGGGGCUUUACUGGCCGACGCCCCCACCACUCCGUGCCCCUCCUCAACAGGCCCCAAAAGAUGCCUCCCGCAUUCCAGCCCCAGCAACAGCCAGCCAUGGGCUUUGGGCAGGUGCAGCAUUACGGACCCUGCCACCAGGAAUGGAACGGAAACUAUUCCCGCCGCCGGCCGCAGGCCUACAUCCCCCCUACCAUGCAUGGCCACGCCUUCACCCUCUCCCACAGCAGCCCAAACCACAACACCGGCCCCCACCCCCACCCCCACCCCCACCCCCACAUGGGGGGCCACCCCCACCCCCAGCCCACCCUGCUCUCCUACCCGCCGUCUGGCCCGUCGCUGGUCACGGGCGCGCCCGUGGCCCACCUCCUGGCCUCGCCCGCGGGCGGGCCCCGCCCGGUGCUGCAGCCCACCUACAGCAUCGCGCACCCGGGGGGGCUGGUGCACCAGGUCACCGUGGGCAUCAACCCCCGCCUGCUGCCCUCGCCCACCCUGCACCACCCCGGCCCCUUCAAGCCCCUCUUCCCGCCGCACUCCUACAUCGCCUCGCCCGCCUACGCCGGUUUCCCCCUCAGCCCCACCAAAAUCAACCAGUACCCCUACAUCUGAGGGUCCGCCGGCCGCCCGCACCCCCCGCGCAACACCUCCGCCCGGGGGCCGAGUGGGCGGGGUCGGUGCUCUCCAGGAACACACACAACACGGCGCUGGUGCCCAGGGCGGUGUUGGCACAACCACAGAGACAGCAAGUUAUUUUUUGAAUCAUGUAUACUUGGGUGUAUUUGAACUUUGAAGCUUUAAAAGAGAGGGUUCUGGUCAUUUGGGGGGGGGGGGGGGGGGGGGGGGGGGGGUAGGUUGGGGAAGUGCGGGGGGAAUAGAAUAAGAAAGUAAAAGGAAUUGGUGUAUGAGUGACUGACUGAAUGAAUGACUGAACAAAUACGUAGGUAAGAAACUCACACUCAAUGUGUUUUGCACAUUUGAUAUACCUUUGCAUUGGAUCUUCUAUGAAUACUCCUCAAAACAGGUAAAUAAUUGGGGUGGUGUUGAAUAGUAAAACUUUGCACCCCUUGAUCCCAGCUAUUUUUAUAUAUUGCCUUCUUACAUGUGCAAGACACAUUCAUCUUUGUAAAGCCAUCCCAGUCUCCAGCUCUCGGUUGACAGAUGCACAUGUCGUCCACAGUGCGUUUGUGUGUGUGUGUGAGUGUGUGUGUGUGUGGUUGUGCGCGUGUGCGUGUGUGUUGUAAUGCGUUUCAAGUAUUUGUACUUUUCGGUGUCUUUUGGUGUUUGCAAUGUCGAGUCAAGUAACUGAUUUUAGAUAAGUUUGUCCCCCACACUGCAUGUGGUCUUGCAUGAGCAGAAAAAUGUAAAAGGAAAGAUAUGUAGACGUUGCUCUUAAUGUUUGUGUCACAAGACCCGCUGCAUCGUAUAAAUGUCCCUCCCCGCCAUAGUGCCUUACAUAUUUGAGGUUGUUAAUGUUACUACUUAUAUAUGACUAUAUACAUGGAUAUUAAUGUACUGGACUGCAGCACUUGAAAUUCCAAUCAGUCGAUGCAUCCUAUGUGUGAGUAUAUAUAUAUGCACAUAUGUGUAUAUGUCCAUGCAUAGCAUGCAUGGAUGUGAUGUAUCGCGGAAAGCCGUGCUUUAUUAUAAUUUUGGGGUUCAAUGUGUACUUCAGUGUGUCGUGCGUUAACUUUCUGUUCUCUAUAGAACAGCAUGCUUUGCUGUUGCGAAUGCCUGCCGUUAUGAUUUCAAGGUUUGUUUUUCAUUUUCUCUCCCCGAAUGAAUUGGUGUAUAAUGUGCAAGUAUUGAGUUAUGGCAUAAUAUUUGAUAAUCACUUUCUAUUUAGUGAAACUCUUACUACUACUACUACUACUACUACUACUAACAGUAUUUGUACUGUUUGAAACUGCAAUACAAUCUUAUUAAUCAUAGGUCUUUUGUUUUGUUUGUGUCUCUGUAAUUUGUUUUGUUUUGUUUUUUCACUUAGUUUUCUAGAUGUGUGUGGGCAUGGCUUUGGUUAGGUGAGGGCGAAAAUGCUAAAUUAAUUCAGUAUGAAAUGUUGUACGCCCGUGCAAACCAUGCAGUAUUUGAUAUAAACACAUAUAUAUAGAUAUAGAUAUAUAUAUGGACAUAUAUUAUAGCGCUAGGUUACUUAGUGCAGACGCUUAAUAAGGUGUGAGUUAAUUGUGUGCAAUUCUCAUUUAUGCAUGUGUGACAAAGUUAAAUUUGACCCUUUUACAUUGUACCGUUUGUGUUUUGAGGCUUUUUGGUGUGUUGACUGCGUAUUUUAUACAUUCCGUCAGGGAGAAUAUAUAUAUAUAUAUUAUAUAUUAAAUUAUAUAAUAUAUAUAAUAUAUAUUAAAAAAAUGUGUGCGUUUUCGGUUUAUUUUACUAGUACAUUUUCAUCUUUUCUGUUAUGAAAUUGCUUAUGCCGCACCAAAGACUGUAAUUGGGGUUUUUUCUGAGCAAGGUAGCUAUUCUGUUUGCAUAGACCUCGAAUAUACUGUAGUCGUAGAAAAUGGGGUUGUAUAUGACGCACACAAAAAAAAGGUAUUUAAAAAUGGCUGAGGUUUUGCCUUGCUUUUGGGCAAUUAAUAAGUCGUCUCAUUUUGCGUUUUGUGUUUUUUCUUUCUUGAAUGUAUCAUAGAUAAGCUGCUACAUGAUGAUCGCCACUUCAAUAGCUGUGAAAUUAGGUGAUAUCUGAGUGUAAAUCUAGCGUUCCUGUUUUCAUAUAGGUCCCUAAUUAUCUGAACUAGAAGUGGUUUUAAUUUGAGUGUUUGUUUUGUUUUUGCUUCCCUGUUUGGAGUGUCAUUGUAGUAACUACUGUACUGCUGAUGGUAGACAUGCGUUGCAUUUGUUGUUUUGGGGGUUUAGGGGGCCUUGGGGUUGGGGGGGGGUUAGGCUGUUUUUUUUUUGCAUCAGUAUUUUAUCCCUAUUAACCUUUUCAGGCUCAUCACUGCAUAAGAAUGAUGUAUUGAUGUAACUUAAUUUUUUGUACGUUUUCAUAUUGCUGUUUUGUAGACAUUUAAAGCUGUAGCUUGCAGGAUUGUUUUAACUCUCACCUGGGUAUUUAUAGUUAGUGUAGGAGGGGAAGUGCUGUCGGGUGAUUGGGGUGUGUGUGCCUGUGUUAAAAAGAUGACAAACACACCACCUGGUAUAGAGGAUUAGACUAUGCAUCCAAAAAACACAUUUACCCAAGAUAUUUGUUCCAAAAAUUAUUUUUUUUGAUUUAAUUUUUUUUGCGCAAAAUCUGAACCAAUAUUUAUUGCUUCCCUUUCGUCUGGUCAAUGUUAUAUCUGAAGACGGUAUCCGUUCCACGUUUUUGUAAUGGCCCUCUGUUCGAAUCGCUCUCCCCUUUACAAGUGUGUCAUGUCAAAAUGGGUGUCGUCCAACCUGAAACUGUGGCUGCCGUUCUUUGUUACAUAUUAAUUUGAAGACAGUGUGAGCAGCACUGCGCUGGUGCCUUGAGAUCCAGGAAGAGAGAGAUCCAUUUGAAUUGCCACGGCCACAACAGUUUCAAAUCCAAUCUGUUACGGAGAGUCACGUUAAGUCCUGUAAACGCGUCCUCAAACGAGGGUUAGUCAAUAAACACGUAAAUGACUUCCCAAGAAGCUACGGUGGUAUAAUUUCUCCUUAUAUCGACAAAGAGGGAACUGCGCUCGCUGGUUUUAACCAAACCUUUCUUGACGACACACAACUGCACACUCACGCACUCACUUUAGAUGUGGACACUUUGAUAGUCACACCGUUAAAAAAUAUUUAAAUAGGCAAACGCAAUAUUUAACAUUGUCUGGUCAUUAAACCACCAAGUGUUCUUAGAUAGUUCCAUGCAUUUCAUUCACUUGCAUGUUAACCCAAGUUUCUUCACCCGACUGCUGAGAAGUCUGGCAGAAUAUAUUUCUGGCCUGGCUUAAGUAGGACUUUGGCCUGGAUUUGUUUUACUUGGGUCAUCCCAAUCUCUUCAAAUCGACCAGUCUUACAUUUUGCUACCAUGGCACAUACACCAAAUUGUUCCUCAAUUACAACAGGUCAGCAGCUAAAAUCAGUCCCAUGCAAAUAUCACAAACGGUGUAACCAAUUGGAAGCUGGUCUGCAUCAGAGAUGGCAUGGUUAAAUUCUGACCCCCAGUGGACUUGGUGGAUGUUGAACAUGCAUUAUGGAAGGAUAUGGCUCUCUCAAUGAGGGUAUAGUGACUUCAAUCCAGAAUCAGUCGUAUGUGAUUGAAACACUUCAUCACUGACGCGUGUUUAGGUAGCUAUUUUGCCUAUAUGCUUUCAUUAUGUCAUACAUUUUUUCAUUUGGAAAGUAAGCAUAUAACAGGGCAUGAACUUUGCAGUGCUUGACGUAGUUUUCCACAAAUAAGCAUGUGUAAUGUAAAAAUGUAUGAUUCCUGCAAAGGUGUUCACCAGCAAUUUGCCUGCACAAACUCCCACACCUACAGAGGUCAAAAAGAUGGAUGCAAGAUGAGAGAAAUCUUAAAACUGUUCAUUUGUUUCCGACAAUAUCGACAGCUGGUAAAACACAGUGGUUUUUCAAAACGACACAAAAGUAAUGACUUUUACUAUACAUCCUCUGCUGCGGUAUUAUACUUUCGUGACAAUUCAGGGUUUGUAUUCGUCCAACAUGCUACUGUGUUUUACUAUUCUGAAAUGUUCCUGGUCAUUGUAUCAAUUUCAAAGUUAAUUCACACUGCAAGUUAUGGAAUCUAUCUGUUUGGCUUGCUCAUCAAUUAGGCUCGAUUGUGAAAUCUGAACUGUUACUCUUUAAAUUCUUGUUGAUUUCUGUGGCUUGUUUUCCUUUCUAAAUUCAUUGAGCUUUUUUUUCAUUUUGUGCUACAAUAGUUUGCCAUGUAGCAAUUGCACUGUGCAAUAUUUACAUUAUGAGGACUGGGAAAACUAACUCUGGAUGUGAUGUCUAUUUACCGUUUGCGAUAGUGUUUCCUCUAGUUCUCAGUGAUUUAGGUGUGACCAAGCCUUCUCUACUUUGUCACAUUAAGCGGGUUUUCCAGGUUACUCUUGGUGAGUGUCAAAAUAAGACUUUAUGGUGUAUUAUUGUUAAGAUUCACUUUGAAUUAAAAAAAAUCUAUUGCUGCA